AUGGCGGAGGAGGUAUGGGUAGGCAGCUGGAGGCCCCAUCGCCCCCGGGGCCCCAUCAUGGCCCUCUACAGCAGCCCUGGACCCAAGUACCUGAUUCCACCCACCACGGGGUUUGUGAAGCACACACCCACCAAGCUGCGUGCACCAGCCUAUAGCUUCCGUGGGGCCCCUAUGCUCCUGGCAGAAAAUUGCUCUCCAGGGCCCCGCUACAGCGUGAACCCCAAGAUACUGAGGACCGGAAAGGACCUCGGGCCAGCUUUUUCCAUCUUGGGGCGUUACUGCACCAAGACAACUCUGACCCCUGGUCCUGGUGACUACUUUCCAGAGAAAUCUACCAAGCAUGUCUUUGACUCAGCACCCAGCCACUCUAUUUCUGCUCGAACCAAGACCUUCCGAAUGGAUAGCACCCCAGGUCCAGCCGCAUACAUGUUGCCCAUGGUGAUGGGGCCCCAAACUGUUGGCAAGGUCUCUCAGCCUUCCUUCUCCAUCAAGGGCCGCAGCAAGCUGGGUGGCUUCAGCGAUGAUCUACACAAGACCCCAGGUCCUGCAGCCUACCGCCAGACUGAUGUGCAAGUGACAAGGUUCAAGGCUCCACAGUAUACCAUGGCUGCCCGAGUGGAGCCCCCAGGAGACAAGACCCUCAAGCCAGGACCAGGAGCCCAUAGUCCUGAGAAGGUGACAAUGACCAAGCCCUCUGCUCCCAUCAUCACCUUUGGCAUCAAACACUCUGACUACAUGACACCUCUGGUUGUGGACGUGGAAUAA